AUGGGGUCGUUUUCAGAUGUUAUUCUGAUCUUGGCAUUGGGUCUCCUGCAGGCAGUGGAAGGGUCAAUGAUACAACUGAAUGACAAUGGAUAUGAUGGUAUUGUGAUUGCAAUUAAUCCCAGUGUGCCUGAGGAUGAAAAACUCAUUCAAAAAGCAAAGGAAAUGGUAACAGAGGCUUCUACUUUCCUCUUCAGUGCUACAAGUAAAAGAGCUUAUUUCAGGAAUGUGAGCAUUCUAAUUCCCAUGACUUGGACCUCAAAACCUGAGUAUUUAACUCCCAAACUGGAGUCCUAUGAGCAGGCAGAUGUCAUAAUUGCUGAUCCUUACAUGAAAUAUGGAAAUGAUCCCUAUACACUACAAUAUGGAGAGUGUGGAGAAAAAGGAAGAUAUAUACAUUUCACUCCUAAAUUCUUGCUAGAUGAUAAUUUGUCCAUCUAUGGACCCCGGGGCAAAGUGUUUGUCCACGAAUGGGCCCAUCUCCGGUGGGGAGUGUUUGAUGAAUACAAUUUUGACCAGCCAUUCUACAUUACCAGUCGGAGUACUAUUGAAGCAACAAGAUGCUCUAAAGAUAUUACUGGUGUUAAGAGAGUAUUGAAAUGCAGUAACAAGAGCUGUGCAAUCAAGAUGUGCAAAACCAACCAACGGACAGGAAUGUAUGAAUCAAAAUGUCAGUUUUUCCCAGAAAAAUCCCAGAAAGCAAAGGCAUCCAUAAUGUUCAUGCAAAGUCUAAAUUCUGUAGCAGAAUUCUGUACUGCAAAAACACACAACCCUGAUGCACCCAACCUACAGAACAAGAUGUGCAACCAAAGGAGCACGUGGGAGGUCAUCAUGGACUCCGAUGAUUUUAGAAACUUAUCUGCAGUGGUGAGAACAAAGUCUCCUCCGCCGCCCGUGUUUUCUUUGCUGAAGACCCCCGAGCGCAUCGCCUGCCUAGUUCUUGACAAAUCUGGGAGCAUGAGCACGGAUACCCGACUCUCGAAUCUGGCUGUGGCAGCUGAAUUGUUCCUGACUCAGAUUGUUGAAAUGGGAUCCUGGGUUGGAAUGGUCACGUUUGACAGUGAUGCUCGGAUCCAAAGUAAUCUGACACAAAUAGUCACUGGAAAUGCAACCCAGGAAAUGAUUGCAAAACUGCCUCAAGUAGCUGAUGGUGGAACAUCAAUCUGCACAGGACUCAAAGCAGGAUUCCAGGUAAUUACCCAAAGUAACAGAAGUAUUUCUGGUUCUGAAAUAGUUCUAUUAACAGAUGGGGAAGACAGUGAAAUAAACACUUGUUUUGAUGAGGUCAAACAGAGUGGAGCUGUGAUUCACACCAUGGCUUUGGGACCAGAUGCUGCCCAGGAGCUGGAGAUGUUGUCAAUUAUGACAGGAGGUUAUAGAGUUACCCCCAAAGGAGAUAUGCUAAGCCUCAUUGAAGCUUUCAGUAGAAUUAAAUCCAGAAGUGGCAACCUUGCUCAACAGGCUAUUCAGCUUGAAAGCAAAAGCUCAAUGAUCAGCCCCAAGGAGUGGAUGAACGGCACAGUGACUGUGGAUAGCUCAGUUGGAAAUGACACUUUCUUUGUUAUCACGUGGACAGAGAGCAUUCCCAGAAUCCAUCUUCAAAACCCCAAAGGAAAGGAAUAUCAAAAUGCAGAUUUUUCAAUGAAUAAGCUAAACAGUAAGGCUGCUCGCCUCCGAAUCCCAGACACUGCAGAGACAGGAAACUGGAUUUACAAACUUCAAAAUGAAAAUAGAAUUCAAACCCUCACACUGACUGUGACCACUCGAGCAAAAAGUCGUACGGUCCUCCCUGUGAUUGCAACUGUGCAUGUGAACCAAAGCACAGGCCAUUUUCCCAGUCCCAUGACUAUUUAUGCUCAAGUGAGUCAAGGAUUUUUGCCUGUUCUUGGAGCUAACGUGACGGCCAUCAUAGAACCAGAGCAAGGAUCGCAAGAGACCUUGGCGCUUUGGGACAAUGGAGCAGGUGCUGAUACGGUGAAGAAUGAUGGCAUCUACUCAAGGUAUUUCACAAGCUAUCAUGAAAAUGGCAGAUACAGUUUAAAAGUACGGGUCCAGGGAAGAAACAAUACAGCCAGGCUGAGCAUGAGAUCCCCCCAGAGCCGAGCUAUGUAUGUACCAGGCUAUGUGGAAAAUGGUAAAAUUAUACUGAAUCCACCAAGACCUGAAGUCAAAAACAAGGAAAUGGAGGUGAAGAUGGAAGAAUUCAGCAGAAUAACCUCUGGAGACUCAUUUGUAAUGACAGGAGUCCCUUCUGGGCCCCUCCCAGAUAAGUUCCCACCCAGUAAAAUCACUGAUCUGGCGGCUAAGUUCCAAGCAGACUACAUUGUUCUCUCGUGGACAGCUCCAGGGAAUGACUUGGAUAAAGGAAAAGCUGACCACUAUAAAAUAAGAAUGAGUGAAAAUCCCAUGAGUCUCCGAGACAAUUUUGAUAAAGCUACUCCAGUGAACACUUCUGGUCUGACGCCCAAGGAGGCCAACUCGAAGGAAACAUUUCAGUUUAAACCAGAAACUUUGAAAAUAAAAAAUGGCACCAAAUUCUACAUUGCAAUCCAGGCAGUUGAUAAUGCCAAUCUCACCUCAAAAAUCUCUAAUAUAGCACAAGCAGUCAAGCUUAUCCCUCCUCCAGCACCCACUACCAAAGCUCCCUGUCCUAAUAAUGACAGCAUUGGCUACAAUAUUAAUGGUGCUACAAUAAUUUUGGCAGUAGUUGGAGCAGCUGCAACUAUUAAUAUAUUUUAA